UUAGGUUAGGUUAGGUAAUACUGUAAGUAUAAAAAAAAUUGUUAAGGAUUGACGUGAACGUGAACGACAAUAAUUUAUUUAAUUAAGUUCCAUCAAAGUUCAAAGGUUGUCGUGUAGAAUUAUUCGAUUCUGUAUAGUGUAUUUCAGCCUGUAUGACCAUUUAAAAUGACUAUUGUAAAUAGUGUUGUUCUCCAGUUAAUAAUAUUUCUACAUUUAUAUAGUUUCACGUCUGGCGGUCAGGAAGAAAAUGAAGGGGUUAAGUACGCCAAUAAGUGUGAAGUUUGCAAGAUUGUGACCCAUGAACUUGAAAGUCGUCUGCAAGAAACUGGCAAAGUUCAAGAAGUGAUUGAAAUAGGCUAUUCUUUAGAUGACAUCAAGCCUAAAAAGAAGACACAUUACAAGAAAUCAGAGUUGCGGCUGGUUGAGUCGUUAGACAAGAUUUGUGACAGGAUUCUUGAAUAUAACAUCCACAAAGAGCGAGAUGACAGCUCAAGAUUCGCUAGAGGAAUGAGUCAGACAUUUAAAACCCUCCAUGGGCUAGUUGACAAAGGAGUGAAAGUUGAUCUGGGAAUUCCUUUAGAGCUGUGGGACAAGCCUUCUGUUGAAAUAACGAACAUGAAAACUCAGUGUGAACUCAUGCUAGAAGAGUUUGAAGAGGAUAUAGAAGAUUGGUACAAGGGCUCGCAAGACAAAGGUCUACAACAAUAUCUCUGUGUCGAGAGAGUUCUCGACGCAAACAACCAAGCUUGCCUCGCUGAACCUUUUGAACCAUUGGAGAAAAAGAGCAAAAAACAGAGAAAAGGAGACAUAGGACGGUCAACAGAACAGAAAAAAAUUGAUGACGAGUUAUAGAACAUUAAGCUGAAAUCAGCUUCUUUGAAUCCUCUUGAAGUAUGAUUUUUAAUGGGUUUAUUAUUGCUCAGUUUACCUUAACAAUAUGAUGGUAGUUUGAUGCAAUUCAUUUAUUUGUUGAGCCUCUUACACUGGAUGCUCUAGACAAUGUUGACAUUUUGUAUAUUAAGUAAAUCUAAACAACUUUAGAUAUUAAUUAUGUGAGGGUUGUAUGUAAAUUAAGGUCUUCGUUAAACUUCCAUCACAACCAAGCAAGCUAGUUUCUAAAACCAACGUCUUCCUUACUUUUACUACUAUUCUUGCUGGUUUAGCCAGAUUAUAGUAUUAAAAACUGUUGUAAAAGAAAACUAACGCUCCUGACAAGUAUGAAUCACGUCCUGCAUGAAGGGGGUCAAUUCUUGGCGGUUACUGUUGCUAGUUGACAAAUGUGUAUGCAGGAAAGUAGUUUGAUGUAGAAAAUGUGCAUUAGUGGUUUAGGGAGUGUACAUUUUACACACCCAACGAUGUUGGGAUCGGGUUUUCAUCAGUUUCUGUUGUGACAGCUAGUGGAUUCUGGAAAACUUUGCUCGCAGAUCAGCGUGUUAAGACUUCCAAGGCUGAUCGUAGUAAUUUAUAAUCUUUUUAGAGACAUCUAAUAAGGGUAUUGGUAUUCGUUCGAUAAUAUCUCUUGUUCAGUCACAUCACAAUCUUUAUGCAAAAUUCGCCCUAUCUUUGUACAUGAGACUUAUGCACAACAGCAGUUAGCUCACUAAUGGUGAACAUCGGGCAAAUGUAUAAAACCAUCCUCAAACUCUCUCCACCAAUUGCGCACAUGUUGUACUUCUAAACAUGUUAAUCUAUUCAUGUUCGUCAACUGGCAAUAAACUUCAACAUUGGUUGAAUACCGAGACACCUAAAAUCUACUUACAGAACAUGGUUUAUACUUGGUAGUUGUCAAUUUUCUUUCUCAAAGUUUUUCAAUACAAUGAACAGACCAAUCGUUCCGCAGUAUUGGGAAUGAGCUAGAACGGUAGCAAACAAUAUAAUGAACACGACGUAUAUCUUGAAUUUUACUAGCUAAUUCGGCUGCGACGGGAGUUCGAUGAUUGCCUUAAUUUAUAAACAACCUUAAUAAUUAACAUUAAAUUCAAUAAGCAAUGAUAUAAGUUUACAGGAAUAUUCUGCAUAGUAUUUCUACUUUUAUGUAUAUAUUUUGUUGUAAACUCUAGUCUGUUUUACUUAUAUUUUUACGGAAACCAAAAACGAUGAUAGUUGAAAUAUGUUUGGUUUUUCUUAUGUUCUUUUUAGCUAAGUUUUUUAUAUUUAUAAGUGGCCAAAAAUGUUAUCAUUGAAAACUGUUUGCCAAGCUAUUGAUUUAUUGAAAACUUAGAACAAACUCAUUUGUGAGGAAUUAUUUUAUAGCUCUAACCUGAUUCAUGAUUAGCCUUUUAGAGCAAGAAACUGCAGUUAGUGUAUACUACUGCAGACCGAACCAUUAUCAACACAGUUAACUUAAACUUGUAUUUGAGAAUACCUAUUAUUUUAGUUUUGGUUCUUAAUGCCCGGUAAGUUAGACACCCUUGCUAUCAAAGAGCUUAGAGAUUAGAGAUUAGAUUAUUCUUUGUGUAAUGUAAGAACAUUUACUGUAGUUUUUAAAGAACAAGAUGUUUUCCUCGAUGUGUUUAAACUACCGCCAUUAAUAAUGGAGUUUGUGAUAGUAGUAUUAUGUCAUCACUAGGUGUAAAGUUACUAUUUUUGACCCAAGCUCAAGUUUCACUAUGUAAAAAUGAGCUAAAAAAAACUAAAAAUGAGGGUGAAAAGUCAUUUUUUGCCCGUCUCAAAAAAAUUUUUUUUGUCAUAUUGCAACAUUAUUCAACUAACUUAAGCUAGAAAAAUGAAAAUACUUUUUAUAUAAGGGUAACUUCUCAAAACAACUUCCAAAUUGUUUUCAAUUGCUAAUGUAAACAAACAACUGUUUAGUAUGUGAAUCAAUAAUUUUGUUUAUUACAAUUUUUUUCGUGUACAAUAUCGAUAAGUCAAACUAUUGACAAGACAACAAUAAGGUACAACCAAUUAAAUCAAUCGAUACAUAAUUUUGAUAAAUGCAUAUAGUCCAGGCAAAUUAGAUCAAAUACAGGGUGUGCUCCCCAAAAAAUCGUCUAAAGCUGGAAAGUGUUUUAAUACCUUUUGGGGGUUCCAAAUAAGACUCCUGUGAGUUUGCGACGGAUUCUGACGUCUGCUUGAGUUUUGGGAGUCGAAAAACUAUGAAAAUGUUGGACGUUUUUCAGUUUUUCUCUUAUAACUCCUAAAUAACGAAUCCUAAGGAAACUGUUGUUCAAAGAUGUCUUUUAGUGCAUUAAAUUCCGCGUCGAUUGGUGUUAAAUACGUCAAAAUCGGCCGAGCCGUUUAGCCGCUGUAUCUUUUCAAAGUUGGGAUAUUUUCAUUAACAUGGCCAAAAGGUUGAUUAUUUGGCCAGUUUUUGGCUUAAAACACCUAAACAACGCAUGCUAUACAAAAAUGCGCCUGUAGUUAGUUUGGAAAACACACAAUUCUACGUAUAAUGUUUUUUUUACUAAUCAAUAACCGCAAUUGAUUGUUACCUACUUUGUAUGGUCGCCAUUUCAUUGAAAAAAGUAUUAAAGUUAAAGUUGGUAAAUUUUAAUAAAAUUGGUAACAACAUAAAUCCUGUCCUUAAAUGGAUUAUGAAUUAUUAGAUAGUGGUUUAUUCCAUGAUGGUCAUCCAGAGGUUUAUCUAAUAAGGUGUGAUGAGAGUAAGACCCCCUAUGUAAUUUUUAGUCCAAUAUUGUUGUCUGAGGUUCCGAAAAUUCUAGGAUUCAUCCACAGCCACCAUCCCAACCACCCAUUAUAUACGAUCUAUCCCUGUAUUCAUCUUUCUGUUUUUGGCUUACAUCUUCUAACGCAUGCUAUAGAAAAAAUGUUCCUGUAGUUAGUUUGAGAGCAUAAACGUCUGCGUAGAAUGUUUUCCAAUUCAUUAAGAUCGGCUUCACCAUUUAACCGCUAUUGAUUGUUAACACUAGAUCAGAUGCUUGUCAAGUUUAAAAUCUUACCAUUGAAAUCUGGCAAACAACCAGCCUAAUUACCAAAAACAUAGGGGAUAUGGCAGUGAUUCUAUCCACUAGUGUGACGUCAUGGAUCCUGCAGUAUGGCCUAUGAACAAGUAAGUAUUCAUGAGAGCAACAUCUUACUGUGGAGGCUUUUCCGAGAUAGGGGAAUCAAUGAUGUGGAUCUAGACCGAUGGUUCGCUGGCAGGCCCAUCGCAGUGAAUGCUACCCAUCAAAUUAAGGGAUAUUGUGGGAUCACCUCUUCAACAUAUUAUCAGCAAGUUGACAAUAUAAACUCCACGGAUACGGUGGGAUCAAAAAUAAAUUCAUCAAAUGGUUCCAGUGUCACGACCCAUUUACUGAAAAUAGUUUGCUCAUGUCAAUCAGCUCAGCAGUUAUCCCAUAUGAUAGCAUCAACGCGAGAUAUGUAUAAAGGAAAGGCACAGCUUGCACGAAAAUCAGAACACGAAACUGUGCAGAAUAAAAGGAAGUGGUGACAUUAAUCGCGAGCUGUGAUGGCAACAUCAAAGAUUAAAGAAGAAUCUGCCCCGUCAGUCAACACGUGAUAUUCCAAAUUAAAUCCAAGCCUCAAUUUGAAUCAUACUUUGGAUUAAAAAUAGGUCCGUACCCACUAGCGCAGUUUGAUGAAGAAAGCGUGAUGUAGAAGAGUCGAAAAUCUAACAUCAAACAUUCAUGUAGCCUAAAACUACUCAUGCUGUUUACUCCAAUCAAUGUGGAUCUCACUGUGUUCCGGCGGGUUACAACGCUUGGCGAAGUUGCAGAAGCAGGUUGGCCCUAUACAUGCUUGGGAGCAGAAAAUAUCCAAAUCAAGUGAGUCUCUUCUAGAAGACACUUUCAACUAAUUUUGACUUUGAUUCUAACAAAAGGGGCUGCUCAUCCACCAAUCCUUUAGAGCUCAUUUAAAAUUGUACUUAAUUCAGAGAGAUAGGUAUGGAAAAUUUACGCCAAUGGGUUUACUCCCAUCACUACGGCUAAUCCACCGUUUCGACAAGAACUUAUCAACUCCGUCUACCUAUCUCGACCAGCGUGUACAUGUUAAAAAAGGUUUACAUUAUCUCGCUCCAUAUGAAAUGCAGGGAUAUAAUGCACUACUGUCUGAAAGACUUGAAAGGGGCACGAUUAUCUCAAUUCAAUAUCUGACGAAAAAGAUGGUACCGAAUGUCACCAUUUGUGGCAAGACCAAUAAGAGCAAAGAAUGAAUCUUUAUUCUUAAGAUUCCAAUGAUGAGAAGUAGAAAAGUUAUAUGGUAAAAUCUACGAAAAAUUACAAUAGUUUUUUUUUUUUAAUAGGCUAAAUACAUAGUAAAACUAUGUACAUCCGUCCCAUUAUCAUCUUUCGUUUAUUAAGUUAAAAAAUAACAUUUUUGCUAAAUUUAAAUAAGAUAUAAAUAAAAUCUUUCUCGUUGUAAUAUCUUAUUAUAUAUUAGAAUCGCUUAACAUCAUUUGGGAGUGUCCAGAGAUGGGAUCGUAUUAAUGGGAGCUUAGGACGAAUCCUAGAAUUUUUGUAACCCCAGAUAACAACAUUAGAUUUAAAAUUGCAUAGGAGCUCUUGCUACCCUUCCCUUCACACAUUCUUGGAUUCUGGAUGACAACCAUGAAAUAAACCACUAUCUAGUCAUUCAUAAUCAUAAUUCUACGCCAAAUUUUGUGUUUUCGAAACUAACUACAGGCGCAUUUUUGUAUAGCAUGCGUCGUUUAGGAGUUGUAAGUCGAUAACUGGUCAAAUAAUUAACCUUUUGGCCAUGUUGAUGAAAAUAUCCCAACUUUGAAAGGCUACAGCGGCUAAAAGGCUCGGCCGAUUUUGACGUAUUUAACAUCAAUCGACGCGGAAUUUAAUCCACUAAAAGACAUCUUUG